AAGUUCAGAAUAACAACAAAAAUGCCUUCCUAAGUAGAUGAUGCUUAUAUUUAAUUGUCUGGUACAUUGAAAUAAUUAUAUAAAUAUAAAACCUUCAACAUUUGCUUACAUCACCAUAGAAUUUCAAGGACAUUUCUUUUUUUCCAAUUUUCUGACUUCAUUUGGGAGGAUGCUUUUGUUAACUUGACUUAUUUCAUUGAUUAUUCUUUAAGGGCCAACUUUAAGAAAUUGUAGUUCUCCUUGAAUAAGUUAUCAACUAAGGCCAACAAAAUUGAAACUCUUUCUACUUUUCUCCAUUAAACCUUCUCUAAAACUCAGAAAGAUGAAGCUCUCUUUUCAAUCAUCUUUCUUCCUCAUGAUCAUCAUCUUCCUCUUGAUCCUACUCCAUGUGUCUGUCGAGGCUAACAAAUACAAAGAAUGCAAAAGUCUCAUUCAGUGUGGAGGUUUAAGCGACAUAGGCUACCCUUUCUAUGACGAAAAAACCCGCCCAGACUAUUGUGGCUAUCCUGGCUUUAAGCUUGACUGCGACAAUGAAUAUGGUGGUAUUCCAGAAAUUUCAGUGACUCAGUCAUUAGAGAAACAUCGUCUUCUAAAUAUAAAUACAAGUUCACAUACAAUCUCUGUUACUCCAAAAGAAUUCUGGAAUACUUCCUGCCCGGAUACGGAUAAUUUGUUCAAUACCACCUUAAACUACACCCUUUACAAGUACACAGAUGAAGUUGCAAAUUUUACCUUCUACUAUGAUUGUCCUACUCCAUUUCCUGUUAUGUCAUCCCCAGGUUCAGCAACUCCGUAUGAUUGUCUGAACAUAAAUUAUAGUUUUCCUGUAGUUUACUUUAAGAUCGGUGAUAAUUAUAUCCCACAAAUUCCAUGCCAAAGCAAUAUCAUUGUCCCAUUAUUCCAUCAAUCUCGAGAUAUUUUGAAAGAUUCAGACAGCGUAAAGAGUGCCUUUGAAAAAGGCUUCGAAUUAGAGUGGAUAGCUGACAACGGAAAAUGUGAUGAUUGCCAAAAAUCAGGUGGGGAGUGCGGGUAUGAUUUUAGCCAGAGAAAUUUCACUUGCUAUCACGGAUCGUCCCAUCCAAAGGAAAGGUUGAAGAGAACACUAAUAAUUAUAGCUUCUUUAGUAGUUGGGUCGGCCAUGGUUGCAAUUGUUCUAUUUUAUUUCACAAGAACAAAGGCAUCUCAGAAACUUAUCUUAACAAAGGAAGAAAGAAAUGACAGCCAAGAUGUGGAAGUUAUGCUUAAGCGCUAUGGAGAACAUGCUCCGAAAAGAUAUACCUAUGGGGAAAUAAAGAAAAUGACUAGUUGCUUUCAAGAAAAGCUUGGUGAAGGCGGCUAUGGUGGUGUUUACAAAGGCAUACUACAAGAUGGCUCUCCUGUUGCGGUUAAGUCACUGAAAAAUCAUAGUAGCAAGGGAGCAGAUUUCAUUAAUGAAAUUGCCAGCAUUAGUGAGACUAAUCAUGUUAACAUCGUCACUCUUCUAGGUUAUUGCUAUCAAGGACGCAAAAGUGCUCUAGUUUAUGAGUUCUUGCCUAAUGGUUCACUUGACAAGUAUAUAUACUGUGGUCAAAAUCAGAAUUCGAUAGCAUGGGAAACGUUACUCCAGAUUGUGAUUGGCAUUGGACGAGGCUUAGAGUACCUGCACCAAGGUUGUAGGACACGUAUUUUGCACUUCGACAUUAAACCUCACAACAUACUGCUGGAUGCAAAAUUUUGUCCGAAAAUCUCAGAUUUUGGCUUAGCUAAAUCAUAUGUACAAACAAAGAGUUUGAUGACAAUGUCUGGCACAAGAGGCACACCAGGAUACAUUGCUCCUGAAGUAUUUUGUAGAGGCUUUGGCGGUGCUUCCCACAAAUCAGAUGUCUACAGUUUUGGGAUGCUGGUUUUAGAUUUAGUUGGUUGUAGAAAAAACAGUAUUGCUGGGAGUGAGAAGACAGGCAGUGAGCUAUAUUUUCCUCACUAUAUAUACAAGCAGUUUGAGCUUAAAGAUGACCAUGAGCUUAAAGAGGAACAUGAGCUUCUAGGAAUCUCAAAUGAUGAAGAGAAAGCAAUACAAAAGAAAUUAGUUAUCGUUAGCUUGUGGUGCAUCCAAACAAAUCCUUCAAGUCGGCCAUCAAUUAGCAGAGCAGUGGAAAUGCUCGAAGGAGACAUCGAGUCACUGCAGAUUCCUCCCAUCCCAUUUAUGUCCUCUCCUCCUAAGUCAAAUAAUCAACAUUCAUCUAUUAACUCUGCAACAUUAGAAUUACACCUAACAAACGGGUCAUCUGAAUAGGAGAUUGACUCUAUGUAACUUUGUAAAUGGGGGCACUAUUUUAUUCGGUCGGUGAUUCAGUCGGCAUAAACGCGAAUUUUUGUUGUAUAUGAGCAAUAUACAUUUGAUUAUUUGGUGCAACUAUGGUUAAUUACUAUCACAGUACAAUAUCAACUGAUCAUCAUAGAAUUUUGUAAUUGGUUUCCUAAAAUAUUUGCUUUGGGGAAGGGUUGGUUUGUCUCUAUAUAAUUCUGCAAGAAAUAGAAAACAGAUCAAAAUUGCAAUUUCAUGAAAUUGCGAGUAUUUAAUGAUCAAAAUAAAUCUAAACUAUUACAAGGUUGGAGUCCAUCGAAGAUUUUCCAUUUACCAUUCCCGAGAGGCUUACUCAAAUCCCAGGCACCGACUGUUACAGACACAACACUGAUCAGCGUUGUCGUGAUAAGAUGGCUGAAUUUUAUCCCAUGGCUUUGGCUUACUUCAACAAAAAAUAUGUAUGUGUAUAUUUAACUUUAAUACCCUUGAACU